AUGAUGGAGACGGCGGGCAAGUUUAUUCACCGCAGAUCCGCGACUAUAAGACGGCGGUCGUGGUGGAAGAAGGGGCGCCGCGAUUUCAAAGGAGACGGUGAGAAGUUUCACCGGAAGAUCCGUGGCCAAAAGACACCGAUUGUGGUUGUCGGCAGUAUCCUCGUCAGUUGCGGCGUGCGACAAUCGAUAGAAAAGGACGACAGUGACUAG